UCUUCAUUCGCUUUGCUAACUGAUGUGUUCUGCGCCCGGUGAUUAUUGGCGAAAGGGUUUGAAAUCCCAAACUCGAAAACAAAAAGCCUCACUUACGUGGCUCUUUUGGUGUGGGCGUUCUCACCAUAUCACCACCCGUUUAUCUGACAAAAAUCUUCCCUCAACCCUUUCUCAUUGUCCUCAAAUUAAAAGACGCAAAUUUUUUGACGACUAGAAGUUUCCUCUCAGAAAUCGUUCACUACCCACUUUUGUUUCCUCCAAAGCUGUGGAUUUGAUAGCUUCUCAUCCAACAACAACAUAAAAAGGAAAUCAGAUUGAUAGCUCGUUGUUUUCCUCUACGGAGUUAAUUAGUUAAACAUAGAUGAUAGAUCUAAAAUUCCAUGCCUUCCUGUAAUUCUCUUUUUUGAUUGAUAAAAAAAAUUGGGUUAUCUUCAUUUUGGUAAAGGCUUGUUGAUGGGUCAGAAACUUGAUACGAUGGUCCAACAUCAAUCGAAAGAUGAGUUGCUUUAUCAGGCCGCAAAUGCUGGAAACGUCGAUGGCAUUAAAGCUCUUUGCAGAGAAGGUGCUGGCCUUGAGUGGAUUGACAGAGAUGGAAAAACUCCCCUUGUUGUGACAUGCAUGAAUCCUGAAUUAAUCGAUGUGGCCAAAACUCUAAUUGAAUUGGGUGCCAAUGUCAAUGCUUACCGCCCCGGACGAAAUGCAGGGACUCCAUUACAUCAUGCUGCAAAGAGAGGCCUGGAGCAGACUGUUAAACUGCUUCUUUCUCAUGGCGCGAAUGCUUUAUUGAGGAAUGAUGAUUGUCAUACUCCACUUGAGGUUGCUAGAAUUAAGGGGUUUACAAAUGUUGUCCGUGCAAUUGAGAAUCAUAUUUGCUAUUUCUCUGGCUGGUUGCGGGAGUUUCGCGGUCCAGGCUUUCUUGGUGGAUUUGCUCCUCAGUUGUUAUCAAGAAAAAUCUGGGCUGUCAUUGUACCCUGCGGUUCUGGUAAUUCCAUGAAGCCUUCCAGGUUUGAGCUUGCCAUAUAUUCCACUUUGCAGGAUGCACAGCCUCAGACAGUGAUUGCUCUUUGGAAGGCCAAAAUUGAAGAACCCAAAUUUCAUAAAUCAGAUCCAUCACUUGCCAUAUUUGAUCAGUCAACCAAAACUCGAUACAAGCUUGCAUCUGGAAAUGAGGGGGACAAACAGCAGCUUCAAUGGUUAUAUAGUGCAUGCAAAGGAAUUCUUCAGGUUAUCCCUUCCCCAAUGGUUCUUGAUACCCAAACUUCAAGUGCAGCAACUGCUGCUGAAUCUGCAGAACUUAAUAAUAACCAUAGCUCUGGGGCAGUUGAUGCAAAUGGUUGGGAGAAUCCUGCUAAUGUUGAAAGUUAUAAUGGAUGGGGUCCUGCUACUGGACAGGCACAUUCAGAGUCAAGUAACACUGGAUGGAUGGAUGGACCAACAAGAAAAGACUACAAUGGAUGGGGUGUCCCUGGUUUUAGGUCAACUGGCAACCAAAGUCAUCAUGUCCAAACCCUUGGGGAUCACAGUGGAUGGAUGGAUACUCCAACAAAAAAAGACAAUGACUGGGCUGUGCCUGAUUCUAGGCCAACCGGUAAACAAAGUCAUCAUGUCGAAAACCUCAUGGAUCCUCCCCCUCUUGUCCAAACAAGUGGAUUCAAUGCUUCCAUGUCUUCAGCUCCAUCUGCUCCACCAAUUCCCGAGGAUGUUUUAGGUGAAGAGCCAAUUCAUUAUCCUUCAAUUGAUCUGAAUCCAGUGGAUAUACCAGCUCCAACGACAACAGGUUAUGGAGCCUUCCCAACAAAUGAUGCUAAAGAUGGUGGUUCUUCCUCAUGUAUAAUAUGUUGGGAAGCUCCAAUUGAAGGUGCAUGCAUCCCCUGUGGUCAUAUGGCUGGUUGCAUGUCUUGUUUAAAUGAGAUAAAGGCCAAAAACGGUUUUUGCCCUGUUUGCCGAGGCAAAAUAGAUCAAGUUAUAAGGCUCUAUAGUGUGUGAUGGGUGGAAAUCCCGUAAUGGAUCUGGGAUUGGUUUAUCCAUGGCAGAUUAAACUUCUUGAAAUUUUUAGUUUGUGUUACAUUAUCAUGCUCACUGUAAAUGAAAUUAGACUGUCAUUUUGAUUUUACAGAACUGGAAUGAUCAUAUAUACCUGCCUAUAUAAUGUUUCUGCCCAAGUACUAAGAAUAGCAUUAUUUAGUAAAAUAUACAAUGCGUGGCUUUCCGGGAAACUUCAUAUGAUUUGAGUGAUCUAGCUUGAAGCCGAAGCAAGCGACCUGCAAUUCCCUGACAGGUUCCUCUUUGUACGUAUGUUUCCCUUUAUUAGAAUUGCACCCUUCCAAGAACAGAGAAAUAAAAAGAACAUUUGAUUAAUGAUCAUUUCUUGCACAAAUAGAAUGACCAGAGGCCAUAUAUACGUUAAUUUAAAGCUAGAAUGUUUUAUGCUUAGAUUUGUUCUGAAUGGAUGUUCCAGCUGAUAAAUGUAUGUUCUGGAAAAUUGACAAAUCAAGAGAUACGAGUAGGAUACUUGUUGCCUGGUUGGGCUCUCUAGCUCCAGAAGAAGCUAGCCAGAAUGUACUCGAAGCUUUUAAUGAUGUCCUGGCCGGUAAAGUUUUCAUCUGAGUCUUAAAGAUGAAGCACUAAGGGGGCCCCUACCAUCCAACAUCAAUACCCUUUACAUCAUUUUUUUUUUCUGAACCUGAUGGUAUAACCUGCACAUGGCUUGCCCACUGCUCCUGGUCCUUGCUACGGUAUAACUUUAUUGGAGUUUCACUCUGCUGGAUUGAUAGAAACAUCACAUUAUUUUAAAUCGUUUAGUUUUCACUAUCAAUGGAAAACUUAUCAUUUUUUUUGAUAAAAUAUAAGGUAAUUAAAUUCUCAGUCUCCUAUAAACUUAUGAAUUUCUAGUUGUUUACUACUGGAUCGACUGUGUGACCGACACUUGAAGAUAUUGGAAGACUAGGAUUAGGAUAAGUGAGUUUUGAAAGUAAAGCUAUCAUUGUUUGUUUCAAUAGAGAAAUGUCUUAUUAAAUGAAAGCCUUGAAAUCGUGAAGGGUGUUGGUAUGGGGCAUCUGAUUAGACUAGAGUUCUUCAAAGUCUCAACUUUUUCUCCAUCCCCAUAUGGGGAAUCAAUUGCUGAAAACUCUGUCCUCUGAAAACUGGCAACAUGGCGUGUACGGCAAAUAUGGUUGCAAUUUUUUUUUAUUUAAAUUGUAUGAUCAAGGAAGAAAGUAAUGUAAUCUGAUAUGAUGUUAUUUGACUUCGGCCAUAUAUAUGUAAGAGAUAAAAGUAGAGUAAAACCUGUUAAAAAAAGUUGGGAUUUGCAAGAAUGUGUUUUUGAAAAAUGAAGUAGAAGUCAAACCAGUGAAAAGAGUCAGUAUUUCAGUAUUUGGUUCAUUAGACAAAACCCUCUUAAACCAAA